UUGGCUCUAGAAAAGCCUCCUCCCCACUUCCUUCCUGAAAAGAAGCGCCUGCUCUUUUGUGCAGAACAGUAAUAUGCUUAUUGCACUAGGAAGGCCUUCACAGCAAACCUGCGCCACAGGGGUGUUACUGUUUCUGGCUUGUGUAUUUUGCCUUCUGGUAGAAUUGUUUUAUCUUCUUACAGUGCAGCCUGGUCUGGUGAAUGUUGCUGCCAAAUGACUUUGCUGUGGUGAUUGCCUCUAGUCCCGUGGCUGGAACUGGAGUUUCUCGUGCGCCUUCCGGACACCAGGCACGGUCAGCGUGGCUCUGCUGGCCAGUAGCAGCAUCUCAGGUUGUUUUUAGAACCCUGGAAGAAAGUUGACGGCACUGGUCUGAGAUGAUUGGUGCGAGAAAAUAUUAUGCUGCUCUCUGCUUUCUUCUCUGCAUUUUACUAAUGACUAUCUUUAAAAGCUGGAUGUAUAUUGACAGAUUUCUAACAAAAAUCGAAAUAAAGAAAGGUAAUUGCUAUAAAUGGGAAGCUACCAAUAGUACAAUCACAGCCUUGGAGGAUAACAGAACCUUUAUCGUAGCCCCGUACUUUGAUAACAGAGAGAGCAAAAUCACCCGAGUGAUUGCGAUUGUUCACCACGAGGAGGUGACGGCACUUUACUGCUCGUUCUGCUGCCAGCCUGAUGGGGAAACACACGUAUCUAGGGCAGACAUUGAUGUCCAUUCGGAUCGAUUUGACUUCCCUUACGGUGCAGCGGACCUGCUCUGUGCAGAACCCCGCACCUGUGAUCCGAGCUACGUGUCAAUUCACUCAUUCCCUAAUGGAAAUAUUGAGCAGCUGCCCAGAUUUGAAAUAAAGAACCGCAAGGCUGAGUCCUUUUCUGCUGACUUCACCGUGUGCAUCUCAACCAUGUUUGGAAACUACAACAACGUCUUACAAUUUAUCCAGAGUAUGGAGAUGUACAAAAUUCUUGGGGCCCAGAGAGUGAUGAUCUACAAGAACAGCUGCAGCCCCCUGAUGGAGAGCAUCCUGGCCUUUUAUAUUGCAGAAGGAACCGUCGAGGUCGUUCCCUGGCCAAUCACCUCCCACCUCAAGGUGUCUCCUCACUGGCGUUUCCCGAAGGAUGGGACACACAUUGGUUACUACGGACAAAUCACCGCUCUCAAUGACUGUGUGUAUCGCAACAUGUACCGGAGCAGGUUUGUGCUGCUCAAUGAUAUCGAUGAAAUUAUUCUGCCCGCAAAGCACCCGGAUUGGAAAACCAUGAUGAGGAGCCUUCAGGAGCAGAAUCCAGAAACUGGUGUUUUCCUCUUUGAGAAUCACAUCUUCCCCAACACUGUGUUCACUGUCACCUCCACGGACAAGAUCGACACUUCGUCAUGGGGUGCUGUGCCCGGAGUGAACAUCCUGCAGCAUAUGCACAGGGAGCCUGACCGGAAAGAUGUCCUCAACCCUAGGAAAAUGAUAGUUAAUCCAAGGAAGGUGAUUCAGACUUCAGUCCACUCUGUCCUGAGGGCCUACACUGACAGUGUCAACGUUCCUUUGGACAUCGCCCUUGUUUACCACUGCCGGGUACCGCUUCAAGGGAAGCUUCCCAGAGAAUCGCUGAUAUGGGAUACGACGCUCUGGAAAUACAACUCCUCCUUAAUCUUGAAUGUUAACAACGUGCUACUGCAAACUGUGUUUUAGGGCAACACUGGAGCCAUCAAGGGGAAAGACUGGCAGCAUAGGAUGCUGAGAACAACAUUGUGGAGAUGACCUUGAUUAAGGUACAUGUGAAUAUUCAUAUUCAGUCAUGAGGACCUGGGAGAACAUUCCUUGAGCAUCUGGGAUAAAAAGGAUAAAUUCAGUCAUCAUGAGCUGAAGCAUUUGUGAUUUUGUAAGGAAACACCAUCCAAUACAAAGAUUCUUAUCACUCCAAUGAGUGCUCUAUUAUAAGUUGUCAGCUUUUUGGUCAGGCAAGUAAUGGAAAAACAGAUAUGGUAAUUAAUAAAGAAUUAAAAAUUAGGCAUCAUAUUGCCUGUCAAAAUGGUUUUAUGGUAAAUGUAUCUUGUCACAUGAAUCUGAUUUCAUUUUUUGUGGUUUCCUGUGUUUGUUGAUAAAGGUAAUGGCAUAGAUGUAAUAUCUUCGUGUUUUGUAAAUAAUGGGAUAGGGACAGGGCUGAUCCUGUCUCAUGUGGGGGAUUGGACUAGAUGUGAAUUCUGGAGGUCCCUUCCACCCCACUUCUCUAUGAGUCUGUCACUUGCACUGCACAGUAUUCUGGAUUGGAAAUUUAGCACUGUGCAAUACCAAAGAGUAUAUUAACACACAUCAAAGUAACUGCUGACAGGGAAUCAUCUCGGAAGUGGGAUCAGGACUCAGCCUGAGGCUAUUCAACAUUUCCAUUUGUGUUUUUUAGAAAUGCUAUUGAAAAACUAUGUGGAUAGCAGAGCUAUUAUCAGAAUGGUGAAGAGGUGUAAGGGCAGUCCUACAGAUCAGUUUGAGUGACUGUAAACACUGUCCUUUUAAACAAAACAUGCGACUGCAGCCCGAAGGCAAGGUCAGCCAACUAGGAACAAGGGACACAAGCCGUACCCUGAAAAGCAGCAACUCAGAAAAGGACAUGGUGGGAGUAAUAACUAAGCAGUGCAACGUGAGCCCUCGGUGUGAUGCUGUGCCAAGGGGAGCCAAGGCAAUCCUUUGACAGGGAGAGAGAGACUCGGCCAAGGCACUGCAAAAAUCUCAUGUUAAGCUGAGGCCAUUGUAGCUGUGUGUGAAGAUCUCUUCCAAGAACCUGUGGUAGAGUCAAUAG